AUGCACGUUAAAGCCCAGCCCAGCUCUCUCAAUACAACCAUUUUACCCACUGCCAACCCCUGCGGUAAGCACACAAUCGACAUGGGCAUAGAAGUCAACAGGAAGAUACUCCGAUCGCCCUGCCGAAUGUCGUCCCUGGAUGCGUAUUUGCACCAGCAUCACUUUUAUUCUAUAUCCUUUGCACCUUCACCUCUACAACUAGAUCCAUCUCCUCCUACUCGAUAA